AUGAGCUACACCUCUCACAACCACCUCGACUACAAGUGUGGUCUCUAUGCUGUUGUCGAGAAUGAGUCGCGUUUCCUCCCCCAUGUCGACACCUCGGCCCACACGACGAUCAUCGGCACCUCGUCACGCACUGUAUUGAAGCAGUCCUUUGAGAACUCGACAAAGGACAAUAUCGACGAGCUCCGUUACAUCUUUCCCCUUUACGAUGGCGUCUCCGUCGUUGGCUUUCGCUGUACCGUCGGUGACCGUGUGAUCGACGGCGAGGUUCAAGAGCGUGUCAAGGCCAAGGCGCUCUACGACGCUGCCAAGGCCCGCGGCCAGACGGCCGGCCUGCUCAGGCAGUCGGUGAGCGCCGCCGACGCGUUCACCAUCACCAUCGGCAACGUGCCGGCCGGCCAGAAGGUGUUUGUCGACAUCACCUACCUCGGCGAGCUCAAGCACGAUGCCCAAGUCGAUGGCAUCCGCUUCACCAUCCCCACCCGCAUUGUACCCCGCUAUGGCCGCAGGCAGUUUGGCGACUCCGCCAUCGAUAACGUCAGCAAAGGCAAUCUCACCAUCACGGUGGACGUCGAGAUGCCUAAGGGCUCGGCAAUCACGAGCAUCGAGAGCCCGUCGCACCCGAUCGCCGUCUCUGUCGGUCACACUUCCAAAGCUCCCAACGCCGAUCAGACCUUCGAGAAGGCCACCGCCAGCCUCUCCCUCGCCACCAACACCCUCGACGACGACUUUAUUCUCAUCGUUGUCGCAACCAACCUGGGCGAGCCCACCGCCCUCCUCGAGACCCACCCUACCCUCCCCAACCAUCACGCCCUUAUGGCCACUCUGGUACCAAAGUUCUCGCUGCCCGCCCAGACGCCCGAGAUCGUGUUUGUUUGCGAUCGCUCUGGCUCGAUGGACUACCAGAUCCCUAGCCUGAUCUCGGCCCUCAAAAUCUUCCUCAAGUCGCUCCCCGUCGGCAUCAAAUUCAACAUUUGCUCGUUCGGCACGACCUUUGAGUUCCUGUGGAACAAGUCCAAGAGCUACUCGCAGGCGACGCUGGACGAGGCGACCAACUACGUCUCCAAUUUCUCGGCCAACAUGGGCGGCACAGAGAUGUACAAUCCGAUUGAGGAGGUGUUCAAGCGUCGUUUCUCUGACGUCGACCUCGAGGUGUUUGUCCUCACCGACGGCGAGAUUUGGGGUCAGGAUGAGCUGUUCGCCAUGAUGAACAAGCACGUCGAGAAGGCCAAGGGCGCUAUUCGUGUGUUCAGCCUCGGUGUCGGCAGUGGUGCGUCGACGUCGCUCGUCAAUGGCAUCGCUCGUUCCGGUGGCGGCUUUGCGCAGUUUGUGCACGACAAGGAGAAGAUGGACAAGAAGGUUGUGCGCAUGCUCCGCGCGUCGCUUUUCCCCCACAUCUCCGACUACCGCCUCCAUGUCAAGAACCUCAAGUGCGAGAGCUGUGGCGACGACUUUGAGGUUGUCGAGAAGCCCCAGUCGCCGAAGGAUGAGGGGGAUGCCAAGAAGCCCAUCUCCCUAUUCCAAAAGGAUCUCAAGGAGGACGCAGACUCGUCGACCAACGCCGGUGCCAGCUCGCUUCCUGAUCUCCAGGUUCCGGGCUUCAUGCAGACCCCUGGAGUCAUCCCACCUCUUUUCCCAUUCUCCCGCACGACCGUCUACGUUCUCCUCCCACACUCGUGUCCCCACGUGACCCCCAAGUCGGUCUUCCUCCACGCCACCUGCUCAACUGGGCCGCUCGAGCUCGAGAUCCCCAUCACUGUCCUUGACGAGAAGGCUAGCACGAUCCACCAGCUCGCCGCCCGCACCGAGAUGAAGGAGCUCGAGGAGGGUCGUGGAUGGGUGUCCACUGCCAAGGUUGACAACAAGACCAUCAAGGACAAGUUCCCCAGCCAGUACGACGACCUGGUCGAGCGCGAGGGUGUUCGCAUCGGCACCACGUACCAGGUCAGCGGCAAGUGGUGCAGCUUUGUCGCGGUCGAGAAGUGCAAGGACGGCAGCGCGAAGAUUUCCGACGCCCCCCCCGUGUUCGAAGAAGUCAUCAAGGUCUCCCGGGAGGACCGGAUGCCUAUGAUGUCGGCUUGUCGAGGAUCCGCCCCCGUUUUCAGGGCGAAGACAAGUGCCCAACUCAGCAGCAACAACUAUCCGAACGCGGCUCCUAGUUGGGCUUCUAGUGGGGUCCCCAAACAGCUCCCUUCUUACCGCCGAUCAUCGGGCCGCCUCGACAACCAAGCCAUGCCAGGUCCACUUGGCAGCCCUGGCAGCCUCUGGGCUAGCGCGAUGGCCCCUUCUCUUGGCAUGGCCCCUCAUCAGCAGCCGCAGCAGUCAGCGAAGACGAAGGUCAGCAGUAGCGGUAGCAGCUUCGAGUUGAACGGUGGCCACGACGGCGAGACCGACGACUUUGGCGUGGGGGCCACCUUGAACCCGCUGAUGGAGAUCAUUAAACUCCAGCUCUUUGAGGGUAACUGGCGCUGGACGACAGCCCUGGAGAAGAUGACUGGUAUCAAGGCCGCCGCUGCCAAAGCCGCCGCCCCCGGACACGCUGACGACGUCCUCGCGACCGCAUGCGCUGUGGCCUACCUCAAGCUCAAGCUGGGGGAGGACAAGGAGGCGUGGGAGUUGAUUGUGGAGAAGGCCGAGACGUGGCUCGAGGCGCAGGUCAAGGACCUCGCUGCCCUCGAGAAGGCCGUGCACGCGCUGUUCUAA